AUGUCAAAUCACUAAGUACAACUAAUUAAGGCGCCUGAUGCCAAAUAUUCUAAACAAAUGAUGUUUUCUAGGUUAAGACAGCAUCAACACCAACCGCUAGACAACUUAAAAAUGGUGAAGUAUUGUUGAAAAAUCUAUACUUCUCAAUUGAUGCAGCAAUGAGAGUAUGGAUUAGAGGGUAUUUAUUACGUAUUAACUCAUCCUAGUGGCAAGACUUAAGUAGAUCCUGGUAACAGCAUGUUUGGCUAAGCUGUGGCAAGAGCUUUGGCUUCAAAAAGUUAAAAAUUCUAAAAAGGGGAUUCUGUGAUUGGUCUUGCUAAUUGGACUCUGUAUUAGACGAUCAGUGAUGCCAAACUACAUCUUGUUUAAAGAGGAGGAGAUAUUGAUGAUUUGACAGGAUACUCAUUCUUAGGUCCACUUGGAAUCAGUGAAUUGACAGCCUAUGUUAAAUUGGAAGCAAUAGGAAAUCCAAAGUAGGAGAAACUGUAGUUAUCUCUGCAGUUGCUGGAGCCGUUGGAGAAAUUGCAGUCUAAUUGGCUAAAACAUUUUAUAUAUGCAAAGUCAUUGGAAUUAACGAUGGUCCAGAAAAACGUGAUUAUUUUGAAGACACAAUUAGGUGCACAUGAUUGCAUUGAUUACAAUAAUUAAAAAUCUUAGUAAAAGACUCAGAGAAUUAAAACCCAAUCGAAUCCAUAUUUUGAUAAUGAGGUAGGAGAAAUGCUAGAUGAAAUAUGA